UUGAUUUUGUGAACAUUUCUCUGGUUCUUAUCGUUAAUUUUUUUAACAGUAAACUAUAUUGUAACAAGACUAAUCAGUAUUAUAAAUAAAAAUAUUUAAAUUCUUGUGAACUAUAAUUUUUAAUUAUAGAAUGCUUGACAAUUUUAUAAAAAUUCUUAUCAUCUUACUAAGUUUAUUUACUAAUUUUAUAUCUGUCAAUGGAUUUUCAACAAAAUUACGAAGUUGGGAUGAUGUUUAUGGUUAUGAUGCUAUAUGGAAUUCACCUGGGGAAAAGGAAUAUACAUUAAAUGAAAGAACUUUAAAUAAUAAUGCAUCUAAAUACAUUCAAAGUAAAAAUAAACAAACGAAGCUGAAAAAUCAAGGUUUUGCUGAUAAUUUAAUGCUAAUCGAUGGUGCAUCAAAAAAUGAAGGUACUGUAUUAGUUAAUCGACAUGGCAAAUGGGGUACAAUAUGCGACGAUAACUGGACAUUGAAAGAGGCAAAUGUAAUAUGUCGUAUUCUAGGCUUUCCAUAUGCUUUACAAGCUACAACAAGAGAUUAUUUCUUUUCCAAUGGCGAAUAUGAUUAUUUACUGGAUGAUGUCUAUUGUAAAGGAACUGAAUCCUAUUUAAAUGAAUGUGUUUAUUGGACAGAACAUGAUUGUUUAAAACGAGAAGAAGCUGGUGUUAUUUGUCUUAAUCCUGAACCAAUUAAAUGGCAAUAUAAUGUUAGGAAUCCUCAAAUUGAAAAAUUGUCUAUUACUGAUAUUAAAAGGAUGAAACAGCAAAUAUUUUGGUCUGAGCUGGAAACAUUUGAAAGCAGUAAUCUUUUUAUUGUCAAGGCUAGAGUUCCACAAGGUAGAAAUCGACGAAUGGUUAUUGGAGCUAUUUGUGUCGAACAUUUUCGUGGAGCUGAAGCGAAUGUAGCAUGUCGAAGCAUGGAUUAUUCAUUUGCUUCAUCAUAUUCUUCAGUUCUACUGAAAAACGUGAAGACUUUUACCAUACCUUAUCCGGUUGUACGAAUCGGGCAUUGUUUUGGAAAUGAAUCAAAAUUGGAAGAUUGUGUUGCAUUCACUGAUCCAAACGGAGUACCAUGUUCAAAUAAUAGUUUGGGAAUAGUAGUAAACUGUUCAACAGUUUUAGCUGAUUUGGAACCAGAUGUUAAAGCAUUGGAAUCUUCAGCUUACAGUAGUAUGAUUCCUUUAUUUCAAGCACAAUGUGCUUUAGAAGAAAACUGCUUUCCUCCGAGUGUUUAUAAUUUGAUUAACAGAAAUCGACAUUUAGCGUUGAUGCAUAUGCGUCGUUUAUUGCGUUUUUCUUCAAUUAUACACAAUGUUGGAACUGAUGUCUUUCGUCCACAUGAACCGCCUGAACGAUGGGUAUGGCAUGCAUGCCAUAUGCAUUAUCAUAGUAUGAAAGUAUUCUCUUAUUAUAAAGUUAUCAAUGCAAAGCAGCAAAUUAUGGCUGUUGGUCAUAAAGCUAGUUUUUGUCUAGAAGAUAAUGCUUGUAAAAAUGGAUAUAAAAAACAUUUUGUUUGCUCAACCACACUAGUAACACGUGGGGAUCAAGUUGAAAGAAAGAAAAAAACAACAACAUUAGAAUCAACAAUGAAAUCAUCCUAUAAACGAUAGACUACAAAAGUUAAAAACAAUCAAAAUCUACCUUCAACAUUUAACACUGAAAUAAUCUACUUAAAGAAAGACUAGAUUUAAUCAUGUUGAUCAAAUUAACUUAUUCGAAUAAAACUAUGGAAUAUUUUUUUCGGCUUAUAAUUUGAAUGUCAACAGAUGAAACAAUCGAUUAGGUAUUAGUCCUGGAUGCCAAGAUAAUUAUUUCCACGAUUAUGAUUGUCAAUGGUUAGAUAUUACCGAUCUAAUUCCAGGUGAAUAUACAUUUCAAUUGAUUUUAAAUCCAGACUUCUUAGUACCCGAAAUUACUUACAAGAACAAUGCCAUAGAAUGUCGUCUAUCUAUAGGACAUACAAAUCAUCAUUAUGCCGCAUUAUCAAAGUGCCAUUUGGUACAUCCGUAUGAUUUGUGAAAAUUCACAAUUGCACACGGUCACAUACAUAAACAUAUCAGUUUUACUUUGAAAAAAACAUCAUAUAAAUUAGAUACAUUUAUUAUCCUGUAAUCACAUUAUAAUAUUGAUUCACAUGCAUCAUUGGUUAUGCACCAUGGACAUUUAUAUUAUCAGUAGAAAAUCAAUAAAAUUAUAUCAAGUGCUAUAUUUCACUAUUUUCAACUAAAUAUAUUCGGGAUAGAUAUAAAAUUUAUGUGCAACAUGUCUUCCAUUGAUAUAACUUGACUUUAAAAACCAACUGAAUUUCAAAACGUCAUCAACUUAAACUACUACUUAACAGACAAAGUUCAAACAAAUUCUUAUGUAAAAACAUAAACUAUAUACAAUUUACGGCUACUUUAGAGUGAAAAUCCUCGCGAUUAUCGGUCUAUAAAUAUAACCAUUUUUAUGAUAUACUAAAUCAUUAUUAUAUUAUAUAUUAUUCUGCUUGAAUAGAUGACUUGGUUAUUA